UUGACAGCACUGUGGUUUCACUGGCACAUCAGCUGAACAAGCGAGAGGAACACUGACCUAAUUAUCUGUACCGGGGACAGCAGCAACAACGACGACACAACACAUCACAGCGACCGACCGAAGUGACAUUUCACUGUAAAUUGUUGUUUGAGCUUUUGAGCCGGUGAAGGCCCCGGAGACGGCCAUGUUGGAUCUCCUCAGAGUGCUGGCGUUGACCCGUCUUCACCCGUCGCCCCACAGCACCUGGCUGCCCACCUAACUCCUCUCCCUCUCACUUCCUUCUUCCUCCGCCUGGCCGGGAGAAAGGUCCUUGGUCGCCAUGUCCUAUGCACACCACAAGCUGCUCACCUGGAGCUUACCUCACCUCCUCCUCCUGACGUUGACCUACUUCUUAGUCUUGUCUUCUCCCACAGGUGUUUCAGCAAAUCUGUGCCGGGUGACUGGCGGGGUGUUGGGGAUGCACUGGAGCAGCGCCAUCGGCCUUGGAUGGCACUCUCUGGCCAAAGGGAGAGGCGGGGCCACCUGUUGGGAGGCCUGCUGCUUGAACCCCAGCUGCACCGCUGUGUGGAGCCUCGGGGGCCAGUGUGUGUUCCUCCGCUGCACCAGGAAGUGGGGCUGCCCCAUCAACACCCUGCCCCAACCCCACCAGGAGUCCCUCGGCCUCCUUCAGCUGCUCUCAAAGACCCCGACCAUCAGAGCAAGAUUUAGAAGAGCUCUAACCGCAGAGCCUGCAGGAAAACACACAGGAGACCAAACCAAAACGGAAAGUCCCAAACAGGAAACAGGUCACCCAACUCCCACAGAACCCAGCACCGUCGCCCAGGAGACCCAUAGCCAGUUAGCCAAUGGGAGUGCAGACAAUGCUCCGGCUCCUUCCCAGCAGAACUCAACGGACACCGUAGAUGUUGCUGCGUCUUCCAAUGGCAGUUCCGUCAUCACGCCUCCAAACACAGCUGCAGAGGCCUCCAUCACACCUCCAACUCAUGCCGUGAGGGAGCUGGUGGUGUCAGCAGGAGAGAGUGUGGAGGUCACGUUACCACGCAGUGACAUCGAGCUUAACGCCUUCGUGGUCCCACCACCCAAAUCAGAGACAACCUAUGCAUUUGAUUGGCGCCUGAUCACUCAUCCCAAAGAUUACAGCGGGGAGAUGGAAGGGAAGCAAAGCAAGACUCUCAAGCUCAGCAAGCUCACUGUGGGUCUGUAUGAGUUCGAGGUGAUGGUGGACGGGGAGGGGGCUCAUGGCGAAGGUUACGUCAAUGUCACAGUCAAACCAGAGCCACGGGUAAACAAGCGCCCUGUUGCCGUAGUUUCCCCAAAGUUCCAGGAGAUCUCCUUGCCAACCAGCUCUACGGUUAUAGACGGCAGCCAGAGCACCGAUGAUGACAAGGUGGUGGCGUGGCACUGGGAAGAGGUUAAAGGGCCCCUGAGGGAGGAGAAGGCCAUUGCUGACACACCCGUCCUCACCCUCACUGGCCUGGUGCCCGGGAACUACACAUUCAAUUUGACUGUGACAGACUCAGACGGAGCCAAGAACUGGACACCGUCCACCCUCUUGGUCAACAAAGCCAAGGAUUACCCGCCUGUGGCCAACGCCGGACCUAACCAGGUAGUCCAAUUGCCACGCAACUCCAUCACCCUGUACGGUAACGAGAGCACGGACGACCACGACUCACUGUCCUACGAGUGGUCCCUCAGCCCUGAGAGCAAAGACAAAGUUGUGGAGAUGCAGGGUGUGCGGACACCCAUCUUGCAGCUGUCUGCUAUGCAGGAGGGAGACUACACCUUCCAGCUGACUGUGACCGACUCCACUGGACAGCAGGAAACUGCCCAGGUCACCGUCAUUGUGCAGCCAGAAAACAACAAGCCUCCAGUAGCAGAUGCAGGACCGGAGAAAGAGCUGACGCUGCCGGUGGAUCGAACCACGCUGGAUGGCGGUAAGAGCAGAGACGACCAGAAGAUAGCCACCUUCCACUGGAAACAAACCAAGGGUCCUGAUGGUGUGAAGAUCGAAAAUGCAGACAGUGCUGUUGCCACGGUGACAGGUCUCGGGGUGGGCACGUAUGAGUUCACCCUGACCGUGACGGAUGACAGGAACCUGCAGAGCAGCGACAUCGUCACGGUGAUCGUCAGAGAAGAAGAACUGGACCAGCCUCCAGUGGCUCACGUUGUGUCGAGUCCGACCAUCGCUCUGCCUGCCAGGACCGCCUCUCUGGAUGGAUCCCACUCCACUGACGACAAGGGUGGAGUCAGCUACCUGUGGACCAGAGACGAUAGCAGCCCUGCAGCUGGGGAUGUACUGAACAACUCUAACCACCAGCCACUGCUGUUUCUGGGGAACCUGGUGGAGGGGAAGUACAGAUUCACCCUGACUGUGACUGACAGUAAGGGGCAGACCAGUGCUGACAGUGGCACACUGGUGGUUAAACCAGACGUUUGGGAGCGGGACCUGGUGGAGCUGGUGCUGGAGGUCUCUGUGUCGCAGGUCUCCCACCGUCAGCGCGACAUGCUGCUGCGCCAGGUCGGAGUUUUACUGGGCGUGCUCGACAGUGACAUCACUGUGCGAGACAUCAGUGCGUUUAAUGAGCACAGCACUCGUUUGGUCUUCCUGGUGUCGGGCGGUCCAGGGCGCCCUCCUCUGUCCGGCCACAGCGUUGCAUUCAGCCUGCGCAACAAACUGCGCAAACAGAAAAAUGACUUUCUCAUCUACAAGGCCCGACGAGUGGAUACAGUUAUCUGCCAGCUGAACUGCUCGAGUCACGGCGAGUGUGACUCGUACACACGGAGCUGUGUCUGCCAGCCUUUCUGGAUGGAGAACUUCGUCAGAGCUCAGCUCGGAGAUGCAGAGAGCAAUUGUGAGUGGAGCGUACUCUAUGUGACGAUAGCGUCAUUUAUGAUUGUGGUUGCUAUAGCAACAACUAUCUGGGGAAUGGUGUGUUGCUGCAACAGGCGUAAAAGCAAAGUCCGCAGAAGCAAAAGCAAAUAUAAAAUGCUAGAAGCUGAUGAGCAAGACAGUCUGGAGCUACAUCCACCUAGAGCCGCCCGCAUGAAGCCGGCGCCCGCUCCCACCUCCUCCGCCCUCAUGCACUCAGACUCUGACCUGGACAGUGAUGAAGGGCAGGGCGGGCCGUGGACGGAGCAGGAGCGCGGGCAUCUCCUGAGGCCCCAGAACGGCUCCCUGAGGAACGGACAGGGGCCGCACAGAAACCUUGUACCUCUCAUCCACGAAGAGAAACUGAUCGAUACGUCGAUAAAGGAAGGGAACGAGAAGACGAGCAUGCUGGAAACAUGUUAUCCCACUGUCACAGAAACAAAAUCACCACUGUACUGACACUUCCCUGCUCCCACACUGAGCCACUAUGGAGGAAAAACAAGCUGCCCUUUCGCUGAGAAGAAGGGUCGAGAACUGUGUUUUGAAUGGUGUCAAAAUAUAACACAGAUUCCUUUUAUUGAACACAGAGACAUGAAGAAUGUACCGUAACCCAUCUUACUAAAGGCACGCAAAGAUGCCUGAGUGACAGUGAAAAAAGCUUCAAUGCCACGAGAACCAGCCACUUGACACGCUCACACCUUGCCUCGUGUAGACACGCAUGUACGCACACAAAGAGGUCGUUUUCACACUGUUCCAGGUCAACCUGAUGCUACCAAACUGCCAUGUUAAAACCCAAUGGUGAACUCUGCUCUGAACAUUUUUUGAUAAUGGGCUACAUGGUGAGCCCUUGGAAGGAAAAACACAACCAAAACAAGAGCUACCAAAAGCAAUGGAUGCUGCUCCAUUUAAACAACACAAAUGUGCAUGAAGAGUGACUGCAGUUCUGGUGCAAUUUGAUACUGGAAUGAUCGCCUGCAUGUUUGUAUGGGUGGCUGCUGUGUCAAACAAUGUUUCUUUAGAGCCAAGUGAACGUUUUUAUUUCUGUUAUUAACCCGUGGAAGGAAUAUUUACAAUGUUGCAAGCAUUGGUGACCAGAUUCUUUAAAAAAACAAAACAUCAUCAUGCUUUUAUUCUGAAGGUUGCUCUGCUGAUGAAGGCUCUUGGACACACACUGGAUUACACAACGUUAAUGAGUUCGGUCUCAACGGAGACGAUAACGAGGAGAAGUUCACAACACAACUAAUGGGACUGCUUUCGUUUCUCACCUCGACAUUCAUUAAUGUAACGACUGCUUGAACCAUGAAAACCACUGAGUUCUUUUUUUGUUUUUCUACAAACAACCUUCAGGCUGUGAUUAGAUGUCGAUGCACUUUGAUUUCAUGUCUGUCACCUUUAACCUAAUUGUUUCUCUUGGUUGAAAAGGGAGAUUUGUGAUGUUGUUAAAGUUGGAAAAGCUCAGGAUCGUCACAUACCUGUAGGCUUGAAAUGAAAAGGAUGGUGUAAGCUCAAUGUAUUACAAAGACUUUAACUUUUUUUUUAUCCUUUAGGGUAAUUUUACAGUUUCUGUGCAAUCUUUUUGGCCCCCAAAUGUGAUGACACAUUUAUCCUUGCUUUUCUUUUGGCAAAUAUUCAUUCAAUUUAAAUGUGGGGAUCAUUAAAAUAACUCAAAACAAAUAAGAUCUGAACGGCAGAACCGUGACCUUAAAACAAACGACAAAUGACAUUUUAUUUGGGAUGUAAGUGAGUUAUGUUUCCAGAAUGACCUGAAACUGUUAAAAAAUGUCUUCCUACAAAUAAAAUGAGCAGGAUGUUUGUCUGUUGGUAAAAAUACAACAGGAAUGCUGUUAGAACACAGAAGAUCUAUGCAUAUAUGUUUCUGUGGAUCUAUUUUAUGUGAAGACUUGAACCAAAUGACUCUUCCCUUGCAUGUGAAAAGUCCACAAAUUGAGUCACUUUUUUGUUGAAUGUUAAAGGAGUAAGUUUGGCUUCAGUUCAAAUUCAGUAGUCAAUGUGAAAUAUGCAAUCAUUUAAAUGUAUUUGCGUAAAAUGUCUAUUUGGUACUCUUAAGAGAUCAUGCAGAUAUACUGAAUUUAUCAGGCCUUCCUUUACUAAUUUCUGUGAGGCAAACAAAAGUUAUGCUGUACUCAAGUACCAACAAUGUGAAAUCUUUCAACAUUAUAAUGUGUAUACAUCUUCCUGUGUUUUUGCACAUAAUAAGAAAUGGCUUUUGGAUACAUCCCCAAGAUUUGACAUUGAUUUGCUCUCGUUUCUCUCACACAACAUGUGCUAGUCACUUUUGGGAUUUAUAGAAGUUAAUGAAUUGACCUUGACUCUGACAGAGUCCACUGUGAAGGCAGACAAAGAAAACGGCGAGAAACUGUAAAAUGAAGGGAGUUUAAUUUAAGAUAUUUUAGUUUGCUUUUAGUGAAGGAUUUACCCCCUUCUUUACAUUUGUGACCACAUCUGAUGCAACUGGAUAAUCUGUACAUUAAAAUAAAAUGUUUCAGUUUGUUCUUGACUUUUAAAAAGGA